CUGGGAGGCGGCGGCAGCGGAUUCCCGGUGCAGCAGCCGGAGCCCAGUGACAGGAGGCGGAGGAUGGGAGCGGUUGGCCCCAGCUCCUGACCGUCACUCAUCCGUACCCGGAGCAGCGGAAGGUUGCGACAGGAGCAGACUUGUCACUAUAGAAAAGAAAAAUAUCCGAAUCUUCCACAUAAAUUCACCCCCCCACCAAAAAAACUGGUCCGAAGCAGUCGACACUUUCCGCGCUGCGGGGAUGCCGUAAAUCACGCAGGAUUUUCCUUGCGGCAGAGCCAAUUUUGAGGACGGAGUGAGCGGCUGUGGGCGCCGGGCUUCAGUGAUGGGCGACACGAUGGAUCCGGGCAGAGAAAUGAAGAAGACGUUCAUUGUCCCUGCCAUCAAAGCCUUCGAUCACUAUGAUUUUUCCAGAGCCAAGAUCGCAUGCAGCCUCUCGUGGCUGGUGGCGAAGGCAUUUGGGACAGAUCAUGUACCAGAGGAACUUAGAGAGCCAUUUUACACAGACCAGUAUGAACAGGAACACAUUAAGCCACCUGUUGUCAACCUGCUUCUUUCUGCUGAGUUGUACUGCCGUGCUGGGAGCCUGAUCUUGAAAAGUGAUGCUGCCAAACCACUACUAGGUCAUGACGCAGUUGUACAGGCGCUCGCACAGAAGGGUCUUUAUGUCACAGAGCAGGAGAAACUGGUGACAGAGAGAGAUCUUCGCAAGAAACCUAUUCAGAUGUCUGCCCAUUUGGCCAUGAUUGACACACUGAUGAUGGCUUACACUGUAGAAAUGAUCAGCAUUGAGAAAGUGGUCUCCUGUGUCCAGCAGUUCACCAACUUCUUCCCAGCCACAGAACUUCCAUAUGACAUUGAAGAUGCCAUUGUCUGCUGGAUAAAUAAGGUAAAUGAACAUUUGAAGACAAUAGUUAGCCAAGAGCAGAAGUCGAGGCGACUACAAGGGCCAGAAAUACCUGGAAGUCAAAGGGCUCGCUACAGGAAAGACCAAAUGUUACCCAAGCAACUGCCCUGCAUCCCACCAGUGGAAAAUCUGCUGAAGGAUACCACCGAUGGCUGUGCACUGGCUGCCCUGAUCCACUUCUACUGCCCUGAUAUUAUACGAAUGGAAGUGUGUAAUUUUCUUGUCCCAGAUAUAUGCUUGAAGGAGACCAUGUCAUUGGCUGAUGGCUUGUAUAAUCUGCAAUUGAUUCAGGAAUUUUGUGAAGGUUAUCUGAACCAGUGCUGCCACUUUCUACUCGAGGACAUGCUCUAUGCAUCUUCAUCAAUCAAGAAUAACUAUCUGGUAUUUAUGGCAGAGCUGUUUUGGUGGUUUGAGGUCGUGAAACCUCCUUUUGUACAGCCCAGAUUGGUUUCUCAGUUAGAAGCAGAACCACUUCACACAACAAGAAAUAAACCUGCUGCUUUCCUGAUAUCAAAUGCUACCAGAAAAAGCUUCUUAGAAACUUCUCCCAACUCUGAGUCUGACUGCAGCAAAGGGAGUCCAACAUUUUUGCCAUCACAGCCACUUCUGCCUCUGCGGCAUACUCAGCACCGUCCACACCCUUCAGAUUCAGGAAGCAUGCGUCGAUCUACCUCCAUGUCUUAUGUGGAGGGUUAUGCUGGGACUUGGCCUGAAAAGAAACAAAGAUCUUUUCCCCAAGCAGUGUCAUUCAAUAUCUCCUUUGAUACAGACAACAACAUUGAUUCAUCCACCAAAAAUAACCUGACGAUUAUUCGAUCAAUUAGUAAUGACAGUCUAAUGUCAAACAUUAACAACACUCCCAAACAUUCAGUUAGAAAUGAUUCUGAACAGCCAAUAAAUGGACAGAGCAAUGGAACAGAAGAAACUCAUCUGUCUGAUCACAGUCACGAGAAGCCAGCUAAAGGCUCGGCCAAGAGACCUGGCUCAGCAAUGGACACUCUGCAAAGACGAUUCAUGCGGGAUGCAGUAUCAAACGGACCAAAGGAAAAUUGCUUUGAUGUCAGAGACUAUGGUAAUCACAAUGGGCCACCUAGUAUUGAAGAAGCUCUACAAAUAAUUCAUGAUGUAGAUAAGCCUUAUCUAGAACUUGAAAAUGAGCAACUAGUUGAUGGUUUUGUGCUACAUGUUCAAAAUGCUAAUGAUAUUUCCGUGAAAUCCACAAUGAAUCAAACAUGCAGCUUAGAUUCUAUUACAGAGCUUAAGGGUGGUACAAGUCCCUUGACUGAUAAUACUGAGGUGGACACAGGGAUCCAUGUUCCAUCUGAGGAUAUUCAGGAAACGAAUGAUGAAGACUUUUCCUUGAGAGAUUACACAGUUAGUAUGGAUUCAGACAUGGAGGAUACUUCCAAACUUCAUGACUCUGAUUUAAAGAGUGAUGAUCCCAACAUUUUAAUUUCAGGUUCAAACUGCUUGGCUCUACAAGCUGAAAAUAGCAUUUCUUCUGGUUCUGCUGUUAAAAUGACCAGCUUUGCUGAACAAAAAUUUAGGAAGUUGAACACUCCUGAUGCCAGGUUGAGCAGCAGUAGUUCCCAAAAGACUACUCCAGAGAGUUCAGAGCUCUGCACACCAGGUGUAGUUUCCAACUGUCAGAUACCUGAGUUAAGUCCCAACAAGCUAACCAGAGAUCCUGCUCAGCUGCUGGCAUCUGAAAUGAUUCAACUUAAAAUGAAACUUGAGGAGAAACGUCGAGCCAUUGAAGCUCAAAAGAAAAAGGUCGAAGCUGUUUUCACAAGACAAAGGCAAAAAAUGGGUAGGACAGCUUUUUUGAAUGUAGUAAGAAAGAAGGGUGAUGACAUUUCUACAGUGAAAGAAGAACCUGUUGGUGAACAGGAAGAUAGAUCUGAGUCCGGUGAGGAGAAAGACUAUUUAAAACCUGAAGCAAUUAGAAUGAUGGGCAACUCUGCAAAUGGUCAAAAAGAGGGUGUUCAGUCUUCAACUUCCACAGCUGGGUCAGAAAAGCAAGUUGGCUGGAAUUUAAAUAGCCCCACAGAAGAAGCGUUGGGUGAUGUUGACAUUGUGGAAUAUAACAGACUAAUUGAGAAAAUGAAUACAGCUUUGCAUGCCCUACAACAAGAGAUGCAACGCUUGGCAAACCAGCAAGAAUUAAUAAUGCAGAUGAGAGAACAACAGCAACAACAACAAGCCUGGGUAAUUUCUCCUCCUCCUCCUCCUCCUCCUCAAUCAUCAUCACCGCAAAAGCAUGUAAGAGAGCUUCGGUCUUCUUCACGGUCAACUGGGUCACAAUCUCCUUCUCUUUCCUCUUCUGGUGAAUCGCCUCGUUCUACUCAACGAUCUCCUCAAACUGUUCAUAGAAGGUCUUCAUACUCUCAUGUUAAGAACUCAAAACCAAGGCCAAAUGAGUUGAAGAUAACAGCAUUAAAUCGUGUGCUCACACCCCCCUGUUCUGUUGACCGUCUUCCUCAUCUCAGGAAGUUUGCUCUCAGCCAAACCCAGACUAGAUCAUUCAUUUUCCUAGGCGAUGAAGAACCUGAGGACUCUUCAAAAGCAGCAUGUGAAAAAUCAACUAAUGAGGUGCCAGUGCCACAGAAAGAGGAAGGUGAAGCGGUAAAUGAAAAACUUUUAAAAGCUGAGAAAGAGGAUUGUGAGCAGCCUGCAGAACCGGAAACUUCACAAGUGCCCAUAGUGCCAAAAGAAAAUUCUGAAUCUCUUAAAGACUCUCCAACCAAAAGAAAACAUCCUGUUGACCGGACAGUAAAGGCAAGCUUAAUUGAGGUUUCCCUUUCUGAACUGAAGCUGUCAGAGGAAGAAGCAGAAGCAGAUGAAGCAAAUAAUGGCGAUGCUGAAAAGGAACACUGUGAGGAACAGAAAUUGUGUUGCGGAUUCUUCUUUAAAGAUGAUCAGAAAGCUGAGGAAAUUGCAAUGAAACGAGCCGCACUCUUGGAGAAACGCAUGAGGAGGGAGAAGGAAAAGCAGAUCAGACAACAGCAGUUAGAAGCCGAGUUGGAAGAGAAGAAGGAAGAAGCUAGACUCAAAGCUGAAGAAGAGCGGCAAAGGAAGGAAGACGAAAAGUCACGCAGAGAAUUCAUUAAACAAGAAUAUCUAAGAAAAAAGCAGUUGAAACUGAUGAAGGACAUGGAUAAUGUGAUAAAACCUCGUCCUACUAGUCUGAAACUGAAGAAAGCUCGUCCAAGAUCUUUUCGAGAGGAUCCAUCAAGUCCACGAACACCUGUUAGGUCAUCAGCAGUGUCCUGCCUAUCUUUGGCAUCACUGAACACAACAGACACUGACAGUGUACAUUCAGGAAAAAAAUCUCCCAGAACAGAAUCAGUUGAUGGAUUUAUGUCUCCAGCUUGCUCUGUCAAUCGGAAUGGUGAAAAAGACUGGGAGAAUGACUCAACAACUUCAUCAGUUGCUUCUGCAACAGAGUACACAGGACCAAAAUUAUAUAAAGAACCCAGUGCAAAAUCUAACAAACAUAUAAUUCAUAAUGCAAUCUCCCACUGCUGUUUAGCUGGGAAAGUCAAUGAAAAUCAGAAGAACAAAAUACUUGCGGAAAUGGAAAAUUCUGAAGCAAAUAACUUUUUGAUCCUUUUCCGGGACGCCAGUUGCCAAUUCCGAUCACUCUAUACCUACAAUCCUGAAACUGAAGAAAUCACUAAGUUGGCAGGAAUAGGACCCAAAAACAUUGGAAGGAAAAUGAUUGAGGGACUCUACAAAUACAACUCAGAUCGCAAGCAGUUUAGUCGCAUUCCUGCCAAAUCAUUAUCUGCCUGUGUGGACGCAAUAAUCAUCCACGGCCAUCUGUGGCAGCAUAAAAGACCCAACACUCCCAAAAAGCUCACUCCAAGAUCCUAGUGAGGACAGCCAUCAUGAAAGUAGUAAUGGCAUUAAGCAAUUGCACUUCAUCGUAACUGCUUGAGGACAAGGCGUUUUCUAGUUGCCAGAGCAUUCCUUAUGUUUAUAAAUUAGUACAUACAGUUGAAACUGGACACCAGACUCUGCUUUUAAUGUGCACAACUGGAAUGUAUAGGUUAGGGGUCUUAGAUGGACAUCACUGUUACAAGUAGAGGUAAAAUGAUUCGUUGUAAUUUUAUUUUAGCAUGAUCAUGCAAAUUGACAAUUUGUAACAUCACUACCAUAACUCGUUUGGUACACUGGAGAAUCGUUAAUCUGAAUGAUACAUAUUUAAACUAGUCAAUAACACUUUUUUGCCUUGUUCACAUUUUUUAUGUUUUUACAACUGUCAUACAAUUUGGCUCCUGUUUUAAAGGGUAGGUCUUUUAUAUCAUUCAGUCGUUAAUAUUUGUUGUUGUUCAGUAUUAGCCACAUCUGCAUAAAGGUGCUGAUGUUAGCUGAUUGGUGCAAAAGAGUGCUAUAUUGCAUUGAUUUACUUAAAUACAAAGCUACUGGCCUGGCACUGAUCCAGAAUAUAUGUUUGAAGCAGGUUUUAUAACAGUAUUACAAGGUAACCCAAAAAAUCUUAGGUUUUCAGUGUUAGAAGUACAGCAUCAUUGACAUGACAAAGUAGAAAUUUCUCCUCUGUUGAAGGCAAUAAAGUCAUGUGUACUCACAUUUGGCUCCAAUGAUUUCAGUGGAACUGAAUUUCUUUAAGUGGAGUACAACAUGCAUACAUUACUAUAUUGUGAUGUAGGACACAUUUCCACUCCAGUGCAUUAAAGAUAUGGCAAGAAUCCUUAAAAUCUGUGCUAGCAAUCCCAGUGCUUCUGCUACGGAUAUGCAAACCAGUUGUCUCAUGAGAAAUGGUAUUUGCUUGCUAGUUCUGCUUUUUUACUUGAUUUUAACAGCCACAGUGUACCCUGUACAUCCAGAAUGGCUAGUAAUUGUUAUUGUAUUGUGAGUAAUGAAUAGAUGUAGAGGCUAAAAUCUAACAUCAGAUCAGUUGUAGUGGCAUUAGAUGGUGAGUCAAAAUAAGUUGACUUGGGGGAAAAAGUAAUGAAAAUGGUAAAAGAAGUAGACUUUUUAAUUGUUUAAUUACAUAGUUAGAGAAGUAGUUAGACUAUUGAACCUUGUGUCUUUUUUGAGUGGUAAAAACUUACAGCUGGAGAAGCACAAUUCACAUUCCCAUCUUUUCAGAAUUCAUUCCAUUUGUAAAUUGCAUGUAUUGUUUUUUAGUAUAUUCCAGCUAAUUUUAUUUUGUUGGGAAGUAACACCAUGUUACGUUUAAUUAUUUUUUGUGCACCACUGAAAUUGGAGGCUAUGCACUAUGGUGACGAGCCAUAUGCCAUUCCAAGGUAAAAACAGAACAUGCUGGAAAUACACUAGAUCAGGCUAUAUUUGUGAGAAGGAAACAUUGAAGAUCCACAAUUGUUUGUUAAAAACAGUUUGACCUGAAACAUUGAAUCAGUUUUCUCUUUCCAUACAAAGACCACCAGAACUGUUGAAUUUCCUGGUAUUUACUGAUUUUUAUAUCAGAUUUAAAUUUCCCGCAAAUGGAAAAUUUAUUGAUUUUCACAUGCCAUUCCAAAUUGCUCAGCUGUUGUAACUUCUAAAAUGGGCUGCUUCAGAAUAUUGUGGAGUAGUAAUCUAUAAUCUUGUUUCUUUUGCACAAUAUGCCUCAGCAUCAUUCCAGAAAAAGCAAAAUCUUUUUUUUUGUCUGCUGAGCCAAUUGUACACGAAUACUCUAAUGCCCACAUCCCCAGCCAAAGAAAAUUAUCACUGCAUUUUCUUCAGCCAUAUAAUUUUUUUCACUAUACCCUACUUUCCCUAAUAAUAGAACUUGUUAAUUUCUAUUUAGUAUAAUUCUUUUAGUGGAACAACUUUUUCAACAUACUAAGUGUUUCUAAAUUUUGACCAAUUGUAUAAAUACUGUUCUUAAUUUUUUUAAAAUUCAAUAAUGCAGAGUAAUUGCUUAUAAGGUUUUUUAUAUUUUACUGUCAACAGCUUCAGAAUUCUUGCCACAUUCCCCAUGAUUGGGUUAUCCUGACCAUUUUAUUUCAUGUCUGUAUCUCGGUCCAUCUUGAUGAAUGCCAUUAGAUUCCUCAUGCUGUGUUUUAUUUACAGUAUUGUGCAAAUGUUUUAGGCACAUAUUUAAAGGGUGCCUUUUGUAUUUGUCAAAGUGGAGCAGAGAGCAAGUCUGUAAAUCUGGCGGGAGUAAAGGAUGUUGGGAAUGGUGAAGGUGGAGUGCAGAGGGAGGGGUGUGGGACAGGUGGAAGGUAAGGAAUGCCAGGGGUGAGGUGUGGCAUGGGUGCAGACACAGCCCUGAGACAUAUCAGACAAGGUCAUUUGAAUCCAAACAAUCGGUUUAUUGACAAUUACAGAAUGUCUCUCUGGUGCUUUCUGCUCCCUCCCAUCAUCCUUUUCCUUUUCCCAAACAUGAUUCCCCUCUCCCUGCCCCCUUCCCUGUUCCAGUCAACAAUAGAGACCCAAUCAGAAUCAGGUUUAUCAUCAUUCACAUAUGGCAUGAAAUCAGUUUUUUUUCUGCAGCAGUAUAAUGUAAUACAUAACAUAACACACCGUAUUACCCACAGUCAAUGCUCAGUCCAUAUCCACGGCCUUAUUACUGACAGUCAAUGCGAACUCAAAAUCCACGGCUCAAAAUACUGUAUAUAUAAUAUGUGCCGAAGACUUUCACAAUACUGUCCAUCUGGUAUAGAUUUGAGGUCUUAGUUUAUUUCAUUUAUGACAACAACACUUAUCAUCCCUUUUGACAAACAUGCUGCUAUUCUUUUUCCCCCUUCCUUCAAUCUCUUUGCCAUGUAUUGUGACCCUCACCUAUGCUAUAGACUAAUUAUAUCUCUCCCUAUGUGUUAUCAACCGGUAGCCAUCUUUACCCCUCCCUAUAAUGUAGACAUUCUCUGCCUUGUCCCCCUUGCAGUUGUGUGUUCAAUUCAAGGUUUCGCUUUAUUUUCAGUCUAAUGUAUUUGAAAUCUAAGAAUUAGAAAUGAUGUGUCUUGCUUCAGUUGAUUUCAAAAUAUCACUGUAAUAGAUCUUAUAUGAAAUUACAUGCAUCCUGCAUGAAGAGGCUGUGAUUUGAUCACGUUUCCAUGGAAACUCACUACAUUCUCCUAUAAUAUGUUUUUUCCUGGUAUGACAAGUUAUUUCUGUGCCUCAAACCCUUUCUUGAGUUCAUCUCCUCACUUAUAUAUAUCAGUGUUGCUGCCCAAGACAAUGGAAAGAUUUUACCAGCGUCUAUUUCUUGAAUAGCUUCAUACCUUUCUCGAAGUUUAUGGAGCCAUGGAGUGCUAUUCUGACAGGUAUACAUUUUCAUGGCUUGCUUGAUCCUAGCUUUUGCCUUCAAGCACUUGCUUUCUUUCUCCUGCUCCUUUUGACUACCUUUCUAUCAGACCAUGUUAGGUUUUUCCAUAAAUAAAUUAAGCAAAUCUUUCUCGUUGCAAGUAGUUUAUGAAAGUUUGCCAUGUAUAUAGGUUAUAACAAACAAUCACUUUAAACCUAGCAACAGAAGUAAUUUGUUGAAAUGGCACUGAUAUAAUAAAAUUCUAAACUUUGUUCUCUGGUGUAGUUCAUGACUAUUUGGCCGGUUAGAUUAGCAAAAUGGUUUCUGUUAGUUUUCAGUGCCAGCAAAUCCUGGCAAUUUCAGUCACAUUGAAUACUGUCUCUAUUCAUCAAUUUUCCAGAUUUGUUUCUUUUAUAAUUAUGUAUUUGUACAUCUUACUAAAAGGUCUUUGGAGAUGUUAUAUUAAAAUAUACAGUCAUAAACUAUUUAAAAAUAAACAUUAGGAGUCUUUCUUCUUUUCCAUUUACCACUAUUUUCCUUACUGCUGUUUUUGUGUAAUUUUAAAUUGCCUAUAUUCUACGUGUUACCUUUAUUUCCUAAGUAUCUCAAAUGCCCAUUAUCCUGCAGUAGUCCAUUUUCACAACCAAAUGAGUAAAUCAAUCAUUUAAAAAAAAGAUGUUGUUAGUUAACCAGAAAAAUGAACAUUAAAAGUUUGAAUCAGUUGCUCUAGUAUCUUAAAAAAAAAUUUAAACUUUGAGUUUUUGAAUGAAAGUAAGAAUGGUCCACUCAGUGAGGGAACCAGUUGGGAGACUAGAUGUCAGGUUUUAAGGAAAAGGAAUACAGUAAUUAGUUCCUAAAAGUGAUCGUUUUUAAUUGGGAGCCAUAUCAGCACAAUUAGGAGAUUCUUGGAGAAAGAGAGAGAAUAUGUGAAACUUUUAAUUUGUGUUGAACGUGAUUAGAGCAGCAUUUUGUAAUGCUGAGAUUAUACUUGUGCUUGACUGUUUGCAUUUCCAAUUUAUUGCCGCUUUCCAUUUCUGCCAUUUUUGUAGUGAUGGUUUCUUUUGCUGCAGUUUUCAUCUGCAGGUUCUUGCUAAAAGCUGGUAAUUUAUCUGCUACCAAUUUUUGCCUGAAAACAGGAGUCAUUAUCAAUUGUGAUUAGGACAGCUUUAAAUUGACAUGCAUGCAAACAAUUUUUAGUGCCGCUAUCCUGUACAACCUUAUUUAAAAUGCAGUUACAUUUUUCGACUGGAGAGGUUUCUUCAGAAAUUCACUUUUAUCUUUUAAUGGUAACUCUUAUGAUGUAUUGUUUUCCAAGAAUUUGUUUCCCAAGGACAACAAGGAAUAGAAUGGGGACAACAAGAGAAAAAUCAAAUUUUGUACAUUUAGCUUCUCAGCUAAAUUUGAAGUAAUGUGUGGCAUUGAUUCUUUUUUUAAUAUCAAUUUAUUUUUAAAAGUCAUACUAUCAGUGCAUAUAAUUAAAGGUGACUGUUUUGGAACUGAUCACAAAACAUCUGGGAAAUCUGCUUUUUCUCUGUUAUGGAUGAUGCUAUAUCAUUCAGUCUCCAAACAUUCCACGUCCCACAUUUACUAAGCUAGAAUUUGUUUUCUUUUGUUUGUCCAUGCAUGGUUAUUAAAAGUGAAAUGUAUUAGGUUGAAUGAGUCUGUGAAAAUUCCCAAUGCCAAAUCCGAUGUUCUAUUUUCUAGGAAGAUUUGGAUGGAAGCAGAAAGGUGAAGGGGCAACUUAAUUAACCAUCAUACACAAUGGUAUAUUUUCCCAAAAUAUAGGUUACAGAGUCAUCUGGGUUUGCAUUUGACUCUCAAUAUUACCUUGCACUUUAGAAUUCUUGCCCACCCAACACUUAACUGGUCUUUCUCAUGUGCUGGAUUAGUUUCAUAACUCUGCCAGAUCACAACUCCACUCCUACUUCCUUGAUGGUGAAAGCCUACACCCAUGUUUUUCAAAACUUGCAAUCCAGACAGCAAGUUCUCCUUGACUGAAUUAAAAAGAUGCUGGGUGUAUAACAAAAAAGGACUUUUCUCUAAAAAUGAAGUCCUUCUCCACCCCGCCCCAUAAAAGGGAACAAUUUCACAGGGCUGCUGAGACAGAUUUACAAUGACUGACAAUUUAUUUGAUUACAAUUGCUGUAGUUUUUCUACUACUUGUCAGCAAACCUUUAGGUAUAUUUUCAAAUCCAGCACAGUUACAUGAGAAACUGCAGACUGAGUGAUUUGAUAUUUGGUUUUCUUCUUGAACGAUAGGAUUUGUCUGGCAUUGCACUGAUUUCUCUCAAAUUCUAACAUACUAAGAGUAUUGGGAACAGAAUAAAUUGGAAAACAAAGAUUUAAAAAUUUGCAUUAACUUACAUGGCAUUACUUAACAGUGGAGGGCAAGAUGCGCUGCAUUGAACUAAGCAGAAUGGGAAAGUAAUUACCAUUGAACAUCAAUAUUGCAGUGUGAAUGAAAAUUUAAAUAGGAUUAAUAUAUACUACAUGUUCAUUCUAAUUUCAUAUUUCAAAUAUAUUGUUUUGUGGAUAAGGAAAUGCAUGCUGGUAGAAUUAAAAAAUCUGUUUUUUUGAAAUUCUAAUUAUGUUCUGUACUUGUGUGAUAUGACAUGAAGAGUUUCCAUAUCAUUUUAGAAAUGCUUCCCUGCUGUCCAACAGUAGGGAAAAUAUUCAGGUGAAGACACUCUUUGAUUUGUGCACUGAAAUUAUUGUCAGCCAAAAUUCUGGUUUCACCUAUGUGAAGCGUUUUAAAAUCUCAAACUGCAUGUGCUCAGCAUAGCUGAUAAUUGUGCUGCGGCAGUCAUUGUAGCAGGGAGGAAGGGGGAGACUCUCCAGUUCCUGUGUGUGAUCUGAGAUAGUGAUUGUCUUGAUUUUUCUCCCAUCCUCUGCAAUUUGCUUAACCAUUGCCCAACUGUAGUCAACGUCUGCCAGUUGAAAUGCUAUACAUGCUAGAGAAAGAAUGCUCAGUGCUUCAGCAUUUUAUCACUUAGCAAUUUCUCUUCUAUUUGCUCAGAGGCUUUAAGUCUUUUAGAUAUAAAAUUAAUAUGCAAAACAUCUUAAUAUUUAAAUAUAAUUUAUGCAUUCAUUUUGUACUUAUGUUAACUAUAUGUAAAACCCUAGUUAUUGGACCUAUAUCAAUAACUGAGAGUCUCAUUUAAUUUUGGAAAUUGCAGUAAAUAACACUUCAUAAUACAGUCUGCAUGUUACCAAAGUUGAGGUUGUAUGUAAGGCAUAAACUGUGUAUUGAUUUGUAUAGCUGAGCUUGUACAUAAAACCAACAUUAGGAGUUUGCUUUGAUCAGCACAUUUUGCAAGUUAAUCAUGUAGUUCUAAGCCCACAAAAAAGCUCCUGGAUGGCAACUGUUUCUCAAAAAAUAAUUAGUACCAUUAAUCAAAUUUGAUCAACGCUUUUAGGAACUGAAUUAAAACAAAAAUUGUCCAAACCUUGGAAUUUUUAACAAAUCUGGUUACAAAAUCCAAUAAUUUAUGUUCUUUCUAUCUUUGCACAUUCCUCUUUCUGUUGAGUGACUUUUUUUAAUGUUAGGAGUAGUUACAAGUAAUCUCCUCUUGGAUCUUUAGUCCAAAACCAUUCAGUUACUGGGUGCCAGAGGUAUUCAGAACCAUUUCAAGAUGUUUUCUCUUUUGAUGUCUGCAUCAUUAUGCUGUUUAUGGGUCUCCAAAUCUGGAUGUUAAUGCAUAUACUGUAUACCACCCAAAUAUACUGUUUCCUAUUAUCAAAUGUUAAUUAUAUUUAAAAGAAUGCUUUCAAAAUAACUUACUUCUUAAAGUGUAGCUGUCAAACCAAAAGCUGUUAAUAAGAGGUUUAGGAGCAAUAAACUGACAAAGGGGCAAGACUUUGCAUUACUACUGCAAUUCACAUAUGAUAAUUAUUGUACUUGGAGAAAGCUUGAGCAGUGUGUUCACAAACAAGAAUAGUCAUUUUUAAUUUAAUGUCUUUGUUUAAUAAUUUUAUUUUAUGAAUUAUGGUCUAGGAAAGAAAUGGAAAGAGGUAUAUGUCCAUGCCUUAGACUUGUAGCUUUUUUAUUCAAUUACAGUUGUUAUUGGAACAGCGCAUUUGGGGAUAGUGUGGUUUUCCAUCCUGUCAGAAACACUGGUGCUUUCAUCAUGGCUAUAUUUAUAAAACAUGAAAUCCAAAGUAAUUUUAGCAGUCAUUUAAGUUACUGAAACCUUUUGGUUUCUGUCUUUGUAGUUUUAUCUCAGUUGACUGUUACAGGAACUUUUGGCUUUUUAAAGCCAGAAUGAACUAUUAAAUUUUUCUUAGCCUUCAUUGCUAAAUGUACAGUGUGUUCUAUGUUCAAACUUGGUAAUCUGUCCACUUUAAUGGAGCUCUGCUUCAAUUUAUUAGAUGCUGUGCUGUCUAAUUCUGUCAUGCCAUCAUUUAGUUUGCUAGACAAUAGUACUGUGGAAUAUUUUUUCUUUGAAUAAAGUAAAUAAAGCAUGAGAUCUUGGA